GGGCGACCCGCACAGGCGUGUGAAACGCCCGCGUCGUUAGGGAGGACGGAGUGGCGUCCCUGGUUACGAGGUCAGGCAAAGGGCAAAGGGCAGCGUCCGGGUUGAGCAAGAGCGAGGAUUAGUAAUGGCGGCGUCAGGGGAGCCCGGGAGUCCCUGGCAGGAGGAAGAGGCGGCAGUGGUGGUGGUGGGUUCCUGCAUGACCGACUUGGUCAGUCUUACUUCUCGCUUGCCAAAAACUGGAGAAACUAUCCAUGGACACAAGUUUUUUAUUGGCUUUGGAGGAAAAGGUGCCAACCAGUGUGUCCAAGCUGCCCGGCUGGGAGCAAAGGCAGCCAUAGUCUGCAAGGUUGGCAAUGAUUCUUUUGGCAAUAAUUACAUAGAAAACUUAAAACAAAAUCAUAUUUCUACAGAGUUUACAUACCAGACCAGAGAUGCAGCUACAGGAACAGCCUCCAUAAUUGUCAAUAAUGAAGGCCAGAACAUCAUCGUCAUAGUGGCUGGAGCAAAUCUGCUCUUGAAUACUGAAGACUUGAAGAAGGCAGCCUGUGUCAUUAGCCGAGCCAAAGUGAUGAUCUGCCAGCUAGAAAUAAGCCCGGCAGCUUCUCUGGAAGCCCUGACAAUGGCCCGCAGCAGUGGAGUGAAAACGUUGUUCAACCCGGCUCCGGCCAUUGCUGACCUGGACCCCCGGUUCUACACCCUCUCCAGUGUGUUCUGCUGCAACGAGAGUGAGGCUGAGAUCCUAACAGGCCACGCAGUGAAUGACCCGACCACGGCUGGAACAGCUGCGCUGGUUCUCCUAGAACGGGGCUGCCAGGUUGUGGUCAUCACCCUAGGGGCUUCAGGAUGUGUGACACUGUCACAGGCAGAACCUGUUCCAAAGCACAUUCCCACAGAAGCAGUCAAGGCUGUGGACACCACGGGUGCUGGUGACAGUUUUGUGGGAGCGCUGGCCUUCUACCUGGCUUACUACCCAAGUCUGUCCUUGGAAGAAAUGCUCAAGAGAUCCAAUUCCAUCGCUGCGGUCAGCGUCCAGGCCACAGGAACACAGUCCUCUUAUCCAUACAAAAAAGACCUCCCUCUUGCUCUAUUUUAACCACUGCUAACCCCCAAAUAAACAUAAUCUUGAAAUUAAA